AUGCAUACUAAAGCUGCAGCUCUAGCUGCAACAGGAAGUCUGAAGGCACCUAUGACACUAGAUACAUAUGAUGUUAAGAUAAUUCAAUAUAAAACUGCAUUAUUUAAACUACAAGAAUUACAACGAUUACUUAGUAUUUUAGAGAAAAAUCUUAAAAAUGACGAAAGAAAUAAAAUCAUUCCUCUGAUAAAUUAUAUCUUAAUAAUAUGCGAUGGACCAACUUUUAACGUAUCCCAAAUCAUUCGCAAGAGAUAUAAAUUGCUAUGUGAACAUAAGAUUUGUAAAACAAAUGAUAUAGGUACACAAUUGUCGACCCAUUUAAUUGAACUCCGUUAUUCCCUUUCUGAAAUAAUUGGGGCUGAAGAUUACCAAGGCUUACGUGAAAAUGUAUAUAGUAUCGAAAAACAAUGGGAAUUGUUUGAUUGCUUGAAAAGAAUAUCAAAUUAUUCUAUCACGAUAUAUAAUAAGAAGGUAAGACAACUACUUCUCGAAAGGAACAGUACAAUAAAUAGACCAUAUGAAGUAUCUGAUUUUAAGGAAAAACAAUUUAAUAACGGUAGUUUUGAUUUUACUUCUGUUGAAGACAUAAUAAAACCAAAUGAAUUGGCUUUAUCUCUGGAUCUAGCAGUACUGAUCAAUGAUAGAGAAAAGGAUACGUCCCAAAAAUCUUUUUUAAAGUUACAAUAUCAAGUGUUGACAAAAUUUAAUACACAUAUGAAUAAAAAAGUAUUUCCUCCAUUGCGAUCAUUCUACAUCAAAUUACAAAAAUACAACAAUAUUUUUUCGAAGAAUGAAACUAAUAACAACCAAAAUGAGGCCACCGAAAUAUUACCCCAUUUUAGAUUUGGUUUACAUAGAAUAUAUGCGCUGAUGUUUAGAAGUUAUUCAGUAUCUUGUAUCAUCAGGUCUAUGUCGAGAGAGAUAUAUCUAACUAAUCGAACUUACUUCCUUGAUCCAAUAACAAAACUGCUAACAGGAAACUUAUUUGAAUUUGAGGAUUUGCUGAGUAACCUAGACAAUUUGUAUACUAGUAAGGAAAACCAAAAAUUCAAUGACAUAGUGUCUAUUCUGGAAGAAUUAUCGAAGAACGGCAUAAAAUAUGAGAAGACGAAUUCAUCUGAUACAUUUACAGUGUUAUACAACGACAGCAUUAAUCGCACCAUACACUUCAUACGGUCACAACUACUCACAAUUAUUAAAUUACAAGAACACUGGAAAACAAUAACUGAAAAUUUGCACCUCAGGGAUAGUUUUGAUGGAAUGGGGGUUAACCAAAUUAAUAAAAUGCUAAAUGAGAAACGAUCAGUUGACCAACUGGCAUAUACAGAGAAAACAAAGACGAUACUGAAAACCAAGGGGAAUAAAGAGACAAUAUUAUAUAUAUCUUCUAGUUCAACUUCUUCAAAAACACCCUCUGCCAAUGUGACGCCUUUGUUAAGUUCUUUAAACAUGAGUAAUGAGGAGAUUACCCCCAUUGAUUUGAAAAAGAAAUUUUACCAUUCCAAAAGUUCAUCGAGCUCAAAUACAGGCUCCCAAUUGAAUGUAAACGGAACAAAAUCUCCAAUCUCAUUAAGUCGGAGGGCAUCUAUGGACAAAGGUUCAAGAACAUACACCUUAGCCAUGUCCCCCUUGAGUAAGACCAGUAGUCCUCGUCAUAAUAACGAACUAUCAAUUGGUUCCCAUGGAAUAAUUUCACCUCAAAUAUCGAGAAGGUCAUCAAUUAUAGCUACAGCAAGAAAUUCUCAAUAUUUUGUCGAGACUGAUGGAUACCAUUCUCCAUCACGACUUGAAAGCUCUACGAACGGUAAACAAACAAGGAAAGCUGCAGUUAGAGGAAGACCAAGAUCUACCUCCUUACAAUCUUCUUUUUCAAAGGGUAAGACUAGAAUAAGUGCUAUGAGUAGCCCAGAUCCACAACCUCUUAAUAAUUUACGUUCAAAUUCGUUAGAAACAUCAGGUGCACUCAACAGGUUAAUAAUUCAGGAUGCGGCAAAGAAGUCUAUGAAGAUAGAUGGACAUGCCAAAAGUGCAAAGACUAUGAAGUCGCCACCCCUCAUAAGACAAAAUCGUAGCCGAAGUGGAAGUGCUUCGAAACAACAGAUUGUAAACGGAAUUAACCAAGAAAGGAAUCCCAACACACCUUCUAAAUCGAAUUUGGGAGUUCCUAUGACAUCUCCUUUGACUAGAAAGAGAUCAAACUUAUCUCAAGAAGUGAUACCUGAUAUUUAUAUCGAAAAUGAUGUUAGUGUUGCUAUACGAAAUAAACCAGAAGCAUUGCAAUUUUCUUCUUCCGGAAACGUCGAAGAUAAUACAGUUACUGAACAGGAGGGAAUAGAACUAAUAAAGAAAGUUAGAUUUACAGGGGUUCCUCCAAUGUCUCCGAAUGAGGACCCAAAACCUAGGAGAAAAGGUUGGUAUAAAAAACCUGCCCAGCUACACUAUCCUCCUGCACCUCCACAAAUCAGACUGCUAAGAAAUAGACUUACUCAAGAAGGUGUUGCAUUUAGAACAAGUUUGAGGGAAAAUUACCAGGAAAAUACUACCGAGAACUUCGAUAAUGCCAUACCUGAUAACCAAACUUCCAAUAGAAGAUCUACGAUGUUUUUCAAUGCGGAUGGUGAGUUAAACAACCCAUUUAAGGAGACAAUUGGCCGUAAAUUUGCUUCAAAAAUACGUAAUUCUCUCAGAUCAUGA